AUGACUGCAACAAAGACUGAUUUACCUAUUGUUCAAUGUAUCGCUAGAGCUCGUAUACCAACAACACAAGGUCCUGAUAUUUUCUUACAUUUAUAUGCUAAUAAUAGAGAUAAAAAAGAACAUUUAGCUAUUGUCUUUGGUGAAGAUAUUAGAUCACGUUCCUUAUUUAAGAGACGUCCAGGUGAAACUCAAAAUGAUAGAAUGAUUAGAGGUGCUUAUGUUGGAAAACUACAUCCAGGUAGAACUGUUGCUGAUACUGAUGAUAGAUUAGGGUUAUCUUUACAUUUUGACGAUAUAACUGGUGAAUUAUUAUAUGAAUCAAAGACAACUUGGGAUCCAAAAAAUAAUACUUUAGUUAGAAUUCAUAGUGAAUGUUAUACAGGUGAAAAUGCUUGGUCAGCUAGAUGUGAUUGUGGUGAACAAUUUGAUAGAGCAGGUAAAUUGAUUGCUUGUGAACAUGAAAAGGAAACUGGUAUUAUUGGUGGUGAUGGUCAUGGUGUCAUCGUAUAUUUAAGACAAGAAGGUAGAGGUAUUGGUCUAGGUGAAAAAUUAAAAGCUUAUAAUUUACAAGAUUUAGGUGCUGAUACAGUCCAAGCUAAUCUAAUGUUAAAACAUCCUGUUGAUGCAAGAGAUUUUUCCAUCGGUAAAGCUAUUAUAAUGGAUUUAGGUAUUUCUAAUGUUAGAUUAUUAACCAAUAAUCCCGAUAAAAUUGCACAAGUUGAAUAUGAACCAUAUAUUAGAUGUGUUGAAAGAGUACCAAUGGUACCAAUUCAUUGGACUAAUGAAAAUGAGGGUAUUAAAUCAAAAGAAAUUGAAGGUUAUUUAAGAACAAAAAUUGAAAGAAUGGGUCAUUUAUUACAAGAACCAAUAAAAUUGCAUUCUACAACUACUACAGAGUAA